GUGCACGAUUAUAAAAUAUAUGACAACCGAAGAAAGCAAAUACCACACGCAAUUAUAUGCAAAAGAUUUACUUAAGAUAAGAUUUGGCAGAAAAGUUCAGCAGCGCAAUCUGGAUGAUAUAGCAAGAGGUAUGAUGGGAGUGUGUGACAUGACAAGCUUUUUUUUGAGAAGCAUAACGCUUAAAAAUAGCACAAACCAAUAUUUAUUGCUUUAAAGUAUCGUACAGAUACAAAACUGGUUUCACUUGUCUGCUAAAUAGGCCCUUUUCUACUUUUUUAAUUCUACUUUUUUAAUCCAUUUUUCAAUACUCAGUGCAAAGUUUGAAGAAAUGGUCCUUUUUUAAUAAUAAGCAGUCGUUAAUCGCUUUUCAGAGCUCGUACAGUAAAGAUGAGCAUUCACGAACUGCGCUUAAGUUGUGUGUUAUUCAUUCUGGUAGUCGUAGGACCUCAACAAAGUUUACAGUACUCACUACCUACAGAUCCCACAUAUAAUGCCGGUGUAGUCGAGUUUAUACCACCACCCGGCGAGGGACAACCGAAAGCCAAAGAUGGACUCAGGCGCAUAAAAAGCAUUAUCGAAUCGAAUAGCACAAGCAGUUUGGAUAUACUCGUCUUUCCGGAAUAUGUGCUAAAUGACUACUCUCUACUGACUUAUACGCCGGAUCCAGCGCUCAAGAUUGCACCAUGUGAUGUGCCAAAUUACGACUUCAUACUCACAGAAUUGUCCUGCGCAGCGCGUUCGCGUCAAUUAUAUUUAGUGAUACAUGUGAAGGAGAAAGUCUACUGUGCCAAUGAUCCGCUACCCGUUGGCCAUUGCAAUGUGAGCGGCAUAAAUACGUAUAGCGCUAAUGUGGUGUUCGAUCGGCAGGGUCGCGUCAUAUCGCGUUAUCGAAAGACCAAUCUGUUUCGUUAUGAGUGGUACAGUGUUAAUGUGUUGCCGCAACCGCAAUUGUCGACAUUCACAACCGAUUUCGGUGUGACUUUUGGACAUUUUAUCGGCUCGGAUUUUCUCUUCUGGCAACCGGCACAAGCGUUGAUCAAAGAGCUUGGUAUAACAGAUCUGAUCUAUGCAACACAUUGGUUCAAUGAGCUACCCUUCCUCACAGCCGUGCAGCUGCAAGAGGGUUGGGCGUUCGCCAAUGAUGUCAACUUGCUGGCCGCAGACGCUAGCAAUCCCAGUGGACAAAAUAGUGGUUCGGGUAUUUAUGCAGGACGAUUCGUGCCGCAAGUCACUACAUCACGGUUCACCAAGCUCGAUCUACAGCGCGAUUACAAUGUGGACAUCUUUAAGACUCAAUUGCUGCCCGCGGACUUCACAAGAGUAAACGAAACUCUCUGCUACGAUAAUCAGUUCUGCUGUCAUUUCCUGGCGGCGCGCAUACCGGUCACCAAUUCAGCUGCUAAUGUAGCAUACCGUUAUCGUCUUGCCGCUUACAGUGGCUCACAGGCGACGGUCCAACGUUUGGAAACGGCAGCGCUGAAGGUGUGUGCCGUGAUCGCUUGCACCACUGCGGAGUUGUACAGUUGCGGUCAUAUCUUCCCAGCUGGCGUCACAGUUGUCAAUACACAUUAUUUCAGCACCUUGAAAGUGCGCGCUUCAUUCACGCAUGCGCCAAGGCGUCUCAUAAUGCCGACUAGUGUGGAUGGCCGCAUGUUGCCACUGCCGGUGUACGCUUAUGAUUGGCAGGAGUUGGAAAGACAUAAUCUCACUGAUGUAACGAUUAGUCUGUUAUCGCCAAAGCUGGAUUUGCUCACUUUCGGUAUUUGGAGCAAUUAUUUUUUGGAUAAAGUGAGUCAACACAAUUUGGAUCCCAUAUUGUUGCCAGCGCAACGAAACAAUGCAACGUCAACUACUAUGAGUGGCCUGAAGCUGUUAAUGCUGUUGUUUGUAGUCAAGCUGUACUUGUAGAAACGGAUUGAAACUAAUUUUUGGAAAAUAUAAUAUUUUUGUUGGGGUUUUUGUUCUUUUAUUUUAUUUUUUUAUUUUUUAUUUUUUAUUUUUUUUUAUUUUAUUAAAGCUUACAUAAUAAACAAAUUAUUAAAUAAACUAAAGUACGCAGCGCUAGCAUCAUAGGCUUUCGGCUGAGAUAUUUUUUUUUUUUUUUUUAUUUAUUCGAUGAUGAAAUUAUGAAACCUAGAUAUUUCUAUUAGAAAUAUACUCAAGCAAAAUUUUGUUUGGAAUAUUUGUCAAUAUUUACUUUAUAAAA